AUGCGUCUGCCAUACGCCCCUUCUACUCCGCCCGCUGAUGCGCCGGCCGACACCGCCGACAUUUAUGCCCGCAUUGCCGCGCGCAGGAAUCCUCGUCCCUUGAUUCCCCUCGACCUCUCCCUUCUCCACAGCCCACCCGUCGCCGAUGGCUGGAACAGUUUCAUUGGCGCCAUUCGAUCGCGUACGCUCGUGGACUCCGGUGUGAUGGAGCUGGCCGUUUGCCGUCCGGAGCAACUGCAGGCUGCUCGUACACUACCUUCUACCGCUGAGGGGGAUGUUGCGGAGCUCGAGAAGAGCGCGCUGACCCCGCAACAGCGCGCCGUUCUGCGCUACACCGACCAGAUGACUCGUACCAUCACCGUUCAAGAUGCCGUUUUUGCUGAGCUGAAGACGGUUGGGUAUGAUGAUCGGGAGAUCGUGGAGCUCACAACUGGUAUCGCGGGAUACAACUGUGUGAGCCGGUUCUUGGUUGCGCUGGACGUCGGCGAGAACAACGAUCGUGAAAUGAAGAGUGUUGAGGAGCUUGUUGCUGCUUUGCAGUAA